UAGUAGAUCAGAAUGUCCAUAACAAGGAGCAGUCUGUUCCAAAGGGUUCUACUCCCCCUUUGAGCCUGAAGGGCCUUUCUUUUUUUUUCCUUUUGGUCAGACAAUAUGUUGGUUCACUUUUAAGAUCUAUGAUAUUUAGCUUGGUUUAAGCAUUUUCUAUUCACAAUCAACUUUUUUUUGGUGAUGAGCUGGUGUUUUAAGAUUUGAUGUUGUUUUUCCAUCAUUCAGAGCAUUGCCUGAAGCAGGUCCACCAUGCCGUUAGUAACGAGGAACAUCGAGCCAAGGCACCUGUGCCGUCAGACGUUGCCUAGCGUUAGAAGCGAGCUGGAAUGCGUGACCAACAUCACCCUGGCAAAUGUCAUCCGACAGCUGGGCAGCCUGAGUAAAUAUGCAGAGGACAUUGUUGGAGAGCUCUUUACUCAGGCAAAUACCUUUGCCUCUCGGGUAAGUUCCCUUGCUGAGAGGGUCGACCGCCUACAAGUUAAAGUCACUCAGCUGGAUCCCAAGGAAGAAGAAGUGUCACUGCAAGGAAUCAACACCCGGAAGGCCUUCAGAAGCUCUACUAUUCAAGACCAGAAGCUUUUUGACAGAAACUCUCUCCCAGUACCUGUCUUGGAAACAUACAACACCUGUGAUACUCCUCCACCUCUAAACAAUCUGACCCCUUACAGGGACGAUGGGAAAGAGGCACUCAAAUUCUACACAGACCCUUCAUACUUCUUUGAUCUUUGGAAGGAGAAGAUGCUGCAGGACACCAAGGAUAUCAUGAAAGAGAAGAGAAAGCAUAGGAAAGAAAAGAAAGAUAAUCCAAAUAGAGGAAAUGUAAAUCCACGUAAAAUCAAGACACGGAAGGAAGAGUGGGAAAAGAUGAAGAUGGGACAGGAGUUUGUGGAAUCCAAAGAAAAGCUGGGGCCUUCUGGGUAUCCACCCACCUUGGUGUACCAGAAUGGCAGUAUUGGCUCUGUUGAAAAUGUGGACACAAACAGCUACCCACCACCACCGCUGUCAGAUUCCACUUCUCCACCUUCUCCUUCCUUCUCUGAGGACAGCUUGCCUCCCCCACCAGCAGAAUUCAGCUGCCCAGCAGACAGCAACCAAAGAGGGCCUGGCUUAGCUGGACCCAAAAGAUCCAGCGUGGUCAGCCCAAGCCACCCACCACCAGCUCCUCCUCUGGGCUCUCCACCUGGCUCCAAACCCGGGUUUGCUCCACCGCCUGCCCCUCCGCCUCCACCUCCAGUGAUGGGCGUUCCACCCCCGCCACCGCCUGGAGGAUUUGGGCCUCCAGGGACCCCACCACCACCUUCACCCUCAUCUUUCCCACCUCACCCCGAUUUUGCUGCCCCUCCGCCUCCUCCCCCACCGCCCACAGCUGACUACCCAACUCUGCCACCACCUCCCUUGCCCCAACCAGGAGGAGGUGCACCUCCCCCUCCCCCCCCUCCUCCUCCUCCGGGGCCCCCUCCUUUCCCUUCCAGUGGUGCAGAAGACCCGUCUGUUGCACCACCACCGAUUUCUGAUGCCACCAAGCCUAAGUCGUCCUUGCCACCUGUGAGUGAUGCCCGCAGCGACUUACUUUCAGCCAUACGUCAAGGCUUCCAGCUGCGCAGGGUUGAGGAGCAGCAGGAACAAGAGAAGCGUGAUGUUGUGGGCAACGACGUAGCCACCAUCUUGUCCCGUCGAAUUGCCGUGGAGUAUAGCGAUUCGGAAGAUGAUUCCUCUGAGUUUGAUGAGGACGACUGGUCGGAUUAACUCUUUCUGCCUGCUACCCACCUCUUUUUUCUUUCCUCCUGCUGCUUUCUUUGAUGCAUAUCCCAGCAGUCUAAUGCAGGGGGAAAGGGAGGAAAAAGAAUUUCAAGGGGCCAAAGUCUUCCCUGAAGCAACCAAAGAUAUAUCCAAGUGCUUCCUCCAAAUCAACGUAUAUUUUCCUAUCUCCCCACGGACAGGUCCCCAGAUUCAGUAGCUGAGAUGUUCCCUCUUCUCUUCAAGUAACUGUUACAUAUUGAGAGAAGGAAAUACUCCAAAGCAGAUCCCUUCGAUUGGGUUUAGAUUGGAGUUGAUAACUUCCCCUGAGAGCCAUUUUCAACUGUGGUCUCCUUCUAAAAUUCUUACCCUUCAAAUAAUACCAGCCAUCUUCUGGUCCUAAAGCCUGCCCCUUUAGGGGCAGCCCCUAUCCUUGCAGCCCCUUUCCCAUGCACCAAGAGGGCUGAGCAGGCCACAUGCCCUAGCAGCCAGACUGCCACCCCUUUCUGCCCUGGUCAGCAACAUGACCUUCCCUUUGCUAAGCCGUGUCUAUGUCUGGACGCCCUUUAUUCUAGGAGCCAUGAGGCCCUAAGGAGUGUCUCUCCCUUUGCCCAGAAAUG